UGCGCAUUAGCGUUUGGAGCCCUCCGUGGGGGAGAUCAUGGCCGCUUCCCGUUUGCCGCCAGCUACGCUAACUCUAAAGCAGUUCAUGAGAAGGCAACAGGUUCUCCACCUCUACAGAAGGAUUUUGCAAGCAAUUCGACAGGUUCCAAAUGAUUCUGAUCGCAAAUACCUGAAGGACUGGGCAAGGGAAGAAUUUAAAAGGAACAAAGGUGCUACCGAAGAGGAUACCAUCCGCAUGAUGAUUACUCAAGGCAAUAUACAGCUAAAGGAGUUAGAGAAGACACUUGCUUUAGCAAAAUGAUAAUUAUACCGUAUCUGAAGUAUUUUCAAAUCUCUACUUUUGAUAGUUCAAAGUCAGUCAAAUGGCCAGGUAUCUAGCACAUAAAAAGAAGAUCACAAUCAUCAGGGAAAGGCAAAAGCCAAGAGAACAUUUAUUUCACUUACACUACAAUAGAGUCUGUGAAUAAAAAUGAAAUAAGUGUUGGUGAACAUAUAGAGAAUUUGGAACCCUAAUAUUGCUGAUGGAAACAAAAUAACUUCAGGCACUAUGAA